GAGGCUUGAUUGGAGGCUUCAACUCACAAACGGCCACCGUUGAGGUCCCCCUCACCGUCAACAUCACCUACCGUAAUCUGACCAACCACCUUCUCCUCUCUCUAUAUUUAUACACACAUAAAAAGAAAGCCUUUUUUCUAAGAGAUACAACGAAAAUCAGAAUCAGAUCAGAAUCAUAAUGGCUCUUCUUGCAACAAGUUGCUGUCUCAAUCUCUCUAACUCUAAUCCCCCCUCUCUCCCUUCAAAACCAGCUCAACUACUUCCACGGCAUGGCGCGAUGGGGAUUGAGAAGUGGAGGAAGGAGUGUACGGUUGGCAUGGCGUGCUGCUGCAUGAUGAUUGGAAUAGAAGUGGGAAGUUUGGGAGACGCAAGCAGUGCUGUUGUCCAAGACAUGAGGUUGCCAUUAGCCAUUAAAGUUACAGAUUUAAAACAAGGAAAUUAUAGUAAUAAUAAGGUUGCAAGAUGGAGUGAUAAAAGAAUGUGUCCGCCAUGGCAUCUGAAUUCGCUAGAGACGAUUGUGCCUGAGAAUCUCCCAAGACCAUCUGCUCGAAGAAGAUGGGAAACUGUUAAAAAUGCCCCCGUUGUUAAAGAAACUAGUGUUAGAGGAAGUAGCAGCAAGGAAUGCUUUUCCCUGUAAUUUCAACUUAAUAUUUUCUUUCACCUCGUCGCUAUUUACUUGUACCUAAUUUCGACGUUUUAUUAUGAACAUUGGUUUACAGUA